AAAAUUAUAAAAUAAAAUACCCCACAACACAAACUCCAUCUCCUCUUUUGGCCCAUCUCCCCUACCAAUUUCUCUGUACCUCUCUCUUUGAGUUCUUUCAGAAUACUGAGAAAAGACAAAUAACCCCAAAAAUAUCUCUCUCUCUCUCUCUCUCUCUAUCAGGGAUCAAAUGGCGUACCCAGAUGAGAGGCAGGUGGAGCAGCAGCGAAGAAGUGGGCGAGGGAAGAUCGAAAUAAAGAGAAUAGAGAACACAACGAAUCGGCAAGUAACUUUCUGUAAGCGGCGAAAUGGGCUGCUCAAGAAGGCUUAUGAGCUCUCUGUUCUGUGUGAUGCUGAGGUUGCUCUUGUGGUCUUCUCCAGCCGUGGUCGCCUCUAUGAAUAUGCCAAUAACAGUGUUCGGGCGACGAUUUCGAGGUACAAAAAGGCAUGUUCGGAUCCUUCCAGCGCCGGAUCCGUUUCUGAAGCCAAUGCUCAGUUCUACCAGCAAGAAUCCGCCAAAUUGCGAUCUCAGAUAGGGAAUUUGCAAAACCUAAACAGGCAUUUGCUGGGGGAUUCCAUAAGUUCGUUGUCGGUGAAAGAUCUGAAAAGCCUGGAGGUCAAAUUGGAGAAAGGAAUUAGCCGAAUUCGAUCCAGAAAGAACGAGCUUCUGUUUGCGGAGAUUGAGUACAUGCAGAAAAGGGAAGUUGAGCUGCACAAUAAUAAUCAGCUGCUGCGAGCAAAGAUAGCGGAGAGCGAUAGAAACCAACAAAACCAAAACCCAUCAACUGCAAUGGGAGAAGGAGGAGCCCCAAAUUUCGAGCAAUAUGACUCAAGAAACUACUUUCAACUCAACAACCACAUCUCUCUCCAACUCGUAAGAAGGGGAAGCUUGUAUUGUGGCUGUUUUUGUAGUAUUGAACUCUCAGUCUGAGGUUAUGAUCUUGACUCUUGAGAGUACUGUCCCCCAUCAGUUUUUAAAGAAUAUAAUGUUGUUGCAGCUCCAUUUUCCAUUUCUCUGCUACAUGAUCUCCAUAAACUUGGGAGAUGGGUUUGUUAAUUUCCAUUUAAUCCAAGCAUAUCAUCUGACCCUCAUGCAAUUAUGGGAUCUGUUGAAA